UUAAAUAUAUGGAAGCACUUGAAUACAUAUCAAAAGACAUUCUUAGAAAAGCAAUUGGUUCCUCAAAAACAACAUUCUUCCCAUCCUUAUCUUCUCUCAUAAUGUAUGAAUGCCCAAAUUUGAAGGGUUGGUGGAGGAAAUUUGAUGGUAAUGAGCUAGACCAUCUUUUACUACCAUCAUUUCCUUGCCUUUCUCUUUUAAAGAUUACUGAAUGUGCUAAUCUAACUUCCAUGCCUUUGUUUCCGUAUCUCAAAGAAGGGCUAAUAUUAGACACAACUAGCUUGAAGGCCUUUCAUCAUACAAUGAUUAUGGGAGAAACAGAGAGCCCAUCAACAGCAGGAACCACAUCAACCUCUUCCUCAUUAGAAGAGAUUAACAAUUUGGAAUCUCUUCCAGAGGAGAAGUGUGUGCGGAACCUUAUUUCUCUCAAGAAACUUUCCAUUUACGACUGCAAUGGACUCAAAUCUCUCCCUUGUAAAGGUAUUCAACAUCUCACAUCACUUCAAGAGAUGGAAAUCAUGCACUGCAAUGAGCUUGCUCUAAUAAAUGAUGAAGAUGAUGGCAUGCAAUGGCAAGGCCUUAGGAGCCUCCGUUUUCUGCAUUUAGAGAGAAUUCCAAAUUUGGUGUCUCUGCCAAAUGGGCUUCAACAUGUUACCACUCUUAAAUAUCUCCAAAUUAUUAAUUGUCCUAAUUUGAUGGCACUCCAGGAUGGAUAGGCCACUUGACAUCACUACAAAGCCUUGAAAUUGACAAAUGCCAUGAAUUAACAUCAUUGCCUCGAGGGAUUCGCAAUCUCUCAGCAUUACAGGAAAUAAUAAUUACCAAUUGUCCCCUCUUACAACAAAGAUGCCAGAGGCAAACCGGUGAAGAUUGGCCCAACAUUGCUCAUGUCCGAUACGUGUAUGUGGAUAAUAAAGCAACACAAAACUUCUUAAGGUAUGCAUCUAUCUUUUAACCCCCAAAAUUUGAACCUUAUUCAAAAAUUGCACUUGUGGAUCAAGAACUCAAUGGUAAUCAUCUUCUUUUGUUUUUCUUAAUAUAAAAUUUAUUUAACUAUUUUUCUAUAGAAUUGAACUUUAAUUAGACACAUGAUUUCUUCAAAAUGCUAGAAGAAAAAGGAUAAUUUAAAUUCAUUCAUUUAUAAAAGUUUCCAACGUGUCUAUCAAAUUCUCUCCUUUUUUUGUGGAUAGAUAUCUACAUGUUGGUGACUUG